UUGUGUACGCUAACUUAGUUAAAUAAUGAAUAAUUGAAGCUCGGUUAAGCCUGUUUAAUUGUGCAUAAUUUAGUUAGAAGUUGAUCAAAACAUGGAGAGCAAUGGCCACGACAUCAGAUAUUAGCAUACAGUGUGAACUGCUAAAUGACGACUGCAACGGGCUGAGCUAUCAAUUCGAUAUAGCUGAUCCAAAACUCAGGCGUCGCUUAGUGCGUCGUGUCUAUUUCCUGCUUAUGCUAGAAGCUGUAUGCGGCAUACCCUGCUUGGAGAUAGUGAUAAGAUUUUCUAUAUCUUACAAUUUGCUUUAUCUGCGCGUCUUUAAUUUCAUUAUUUCGAUCACAAUUUUUUCUUUUCUGUAUAAAUUCCGGAAUUGGCGCCGACCAGCUCCAUAUAAAUAUCUCGUUUAUAUGGCAACAGCUAUUUUAACCUUUUCAACCAGAGCUGUUUAUUUAUUAAGCAUUGAGAAAACACCCUGGUUGCAUAUGUAUCCUGUAAUCCUUACAGUUAUACUCUUGAUCUUGGCUUUAUUUACCAAACAGCAAAAAGUUCGCUUUACCCAUGGCAUAGGCGUCUUUAUAAUCUACCUAACUUUUGGACUCUGUCUAUUGCUGGCCUACUUUUUGAACGUCUUCUUUCACGUCUUGAACGCUGCCAUUUGCACCUUGGAGGCCUGGUAUAUCAUCUAUGAUACGCACGUGAUGCUCUCCGUACACCAUGCGUAUCAUAUUGAGCCCAAGGAAUAUUUAUUUGCGGCUGUGAAUAUCCGUGCCGAUUUGCCACGUUUUUGGUGGAUGGUCAUGCGGCAUUUGGUUCUGGGUCCUUUCAUUUUAUUGAUCAAGAUUAUCAAAAGUUGUCGAUUCAAAGAAAUAUGCUAAGAGUUUGUCUACGUAAGCUUAAAUCUAAUAAAAAUAUAAGAGUGAAAAAUAAAAAUAUU